UGUUUUGAACGCGCCAUUAGACCUGACGCUGCUGAAUACGUCAUCCACCAGCGACAGACGCUUCUGUGCGACAUUUGUUUACAGCACACGAUGGCGUCGGUGGAUUUGAGAGACAACAACCUCCUGGGGAUAUCGUGGGUUGAUAGUGGCUGGGUGCCCAUCCUCAACCCUGGCAAUGUACUGGACUAUUUCUCCGAGAGGAGUAAUCCGUUCUACGACCGCACCUGUAACAACGAGGUGGUGAAGAUGCAGCGGCUCACUCUGGAACAUCUCAAUCAGAUGGUUGGAGUGGAGUACAUUCUCCUUCAUGCCCAGGAGCCCAUCCUCUACAUCAUCAGGAAACAGCAGAGACAGUCUCCUACUCAGGUCAUCCCUUUGUCUGACUACUACAUUAUAGCCGGAGUGGUGUAUCAGGCUCCUGAUCUGGGAACAGUUAUUGGAUCCAGAGUGCUGUCUGCUGUCCACGGUGUCCAGUCUGCCUUCGAUGAGGCCAUGUCGUACUGUCGCUAUCACCCAUCUAAAGGAUACUGGUGGCACUUCAAAGACCAGGAGGAGAGAGAUGCCAAAGCCAAGCCGAAGUCGAAGAAGAAAGAGGAACCCAGUUCCCUGUUCCAGAGGCAACGUGUUGACACACUUCUACUCGAUUUGAGGUCCAAGUUUCCUCCCACGUUUUAUCAGCCUAAGCCUGGUGAGAAGCCCAUCCCAGUGGAGGUGAAGAAGGAGACUGAACCCCCUGUAGAGCUGGUGAAACAGGAAGAGAGAGAGAGAGAGCCAGCCACCAAGACCUCUGCUCCAGCUCCCCCCAGCAGCAAACCACCUCCAGAGAAACGUGCCAGGCUACAGUGAUGAACGAUGGCCACUCCUGUAUAUAUUUCUGAUUAUGUCCAUCCUUAAAAGAAAAUAAUAAGAAAAUGAGAAAAAAAACUCACAUUGCUCUUGCCAGUAUCACCUUUUGUUAAUUCUAGCUUAUAUGUGAGCCUCUUGGCCUUCGUCAUGAUGUCCAUUCUCACUUUGGCACGGCACACUGAAAGGACAUAUGGGACAGGUACAACCCUAUCUGACUGAACAUGGCUAAGGAAGUGGUUUGUGUCUGAUGGAAGGUGUGUGGAAAUGGACCGACAUCCCAGUUUCCAGACCAAACAGACCAUAGCAACCCAUCAUCCUGUUUCUGACGGGCUUGGAAUGGCAUUAGGCAAAUGAAUAGGGUGCCAUUUGAGAUGCUGGCAUGAGCAGACAUUAUGAGUUGUCUGUCCCAGUACCAGACCUCGUGGGACAUUCCAUCCAUGUUCUAGAACUGUCUAGUUACUGACAACAUGUACAUCUUACUAUCGCCCCAAGAUUUCUCUCUGUGAUGACGCUAGAGGUGAGAGGUUAAGGACCCGAGUGGAUUUGCAGUUUUUUUGAAGGUAACAUGGAAACUGAGAUCACCGGUAAAUCUCUAUGCACUGUUGACAUCAGCAGUAUCUUACUCAGUCGUGACUGUGGGGAGACUUGUUUUUUUUGGCGUUAUCUCUGAAGCAUAAAUACACAUCCACACAAUUUAUUUUUUCAAUAUGUAAUUGUUUUUUUUUCCACGUCAAGUGAUCCUGAAUCCAUUGUCUGCUUUCAUUGAAAAAAAAAUGUUUCAUGCUUUUCUGAAUAUAAUAAUUUUCAAAAAUUC